AUGGCUGAAUUCGCGACGGCGAAUGUGAGUGAGAUAGCCCAUGUGCCCCAAGGGGUUGACCCCAAGGUCGCUGCAUCUCUACCUGUGGCUAGUCUGGUCAGCUUACAGGCCCUUAGACGGGGUGGUGUUACUGAGGCCGGCAAGAAUGUGUUGGUCAUUGGUGCCAGUGGUGGGACCGGCUCGAGUGGUGUACAGAUUGCCAAGGCACUCGGUGCUAAGGUUUACGCUGUCUGUAGUGGUAAGAAUGUUGACUUUGUGAAGUCUCUGGGAGCUGAUGACGUUAUGGACUACACCAACGAAGGCUUUGAACUCCCCAAUGAUGACUGCCCUGCGGGCACCAUCGAUGUUGUCUAUGAUACCGUCACGAGCCCGGAGGAUGUUAACUACGAACCAACCGCUCGAAAGACGCUCAAAAAGGGCGGUAUGUAUGUCGCUAUAGAAACACCCAGUGUUUUUGAUCGUGCCAGAUUUUGGCUGUCUCGAGUGAGUGGUCGCGACCUCCAGAGAGCUCAAUACUCGAUGUGGGUGGCUCAGUUCACUCACGAGGAUUUAGUCAAGCUCGGAGAGCUUACGGCUGAAGGCCAUCUCCGAAUUGAAUUUGCAGAUGAGUUACCGUUCAGUAAGGGAUCGUGUGCUAAGGCUUACCAACUCCAGAGGAGUCGUCAUGCUAGAGGGAAGAUAGUGAUUGUUUUCGAGGAAAAUACCGAGGAAAGCAAGUGA